UCCAUCCCCAUUUCUCACUUCGCCAGGGCAGAGCGCGGUGACGCCGCCGCCGCCGCCGCCACCACGGAGAGGACGCAGGACCCUCCCUUGGGCCCCCCGUGCCCUUUCGACGGGGCGGCCUGGGCCCCCCGGCCACCCCCGGGCCCCCAGCAGGGCUGCUUCGCAUGCAUCGCCAAGCCCCCGGCCCUCCGGCACGCCUCGCCCGUCCUCUCGCCCUCCUCCGCCGCGCAGCUGAUGGAAAGCAAGGGCUGCAAAGGGGACAGCCUGCGGCCGGCGGGCCCGUGCAAGCACUCGGUGGAGAAGAAGACCAUGACCAACCCCACCACCGUCAUCGAGAUCUACCCCGACACCAGCGAGGUGAACGACUACUAUCUCUGGUCCAUCUUCAACUUCGUAUACCUCAACUUCUGCUGCCUCGGCUUCAUCGCUUUGGCCUAUUCACUGAAAGUCCGGGAUAAGAAACUCCUCAAUGACUUAAAUGGCGCAGUGGAAGAUGCCAAGACAGCCCGGCUUUUUAACAUCACCAGCUCAGCCCUUGCCACCUUCUGCAUCAUCCUCAUCUUCAUCUUCCUGCGGUACCCCCUCACUGAUUACUAGCAGGAGGCCAACAGCAGCGCCGCCGCCAAGAUGCCUCUAUGCCAGAAGUGUCUGCAGUUGUUUCCUGUAGCAAGGACACGAGAGUAAAACAACU